GUAACACGGUUUCUUUCGCCUGCAAUUGGGAAUGACAGCAACUGGGCGCUGUGUUGGCAGACCUCCACUCAUGGCUGGGCUGCCAGUACCUUUCACAACAAAUGCGAUGGGAAACGUCACACGAUUACAAUCAUCAAAAAAGACCAGUACGUGUUCGGAGGAUACACGAAUAUUCCUUGGAGUAAGUAAAACGUCCUUUUUGUCACUGAAAAUGGGAAUAAGGCACUUUGCUUGUAUAGUGCGUUUGUAGUUUGUGGUCUAUAGUCACUUUACUUCUAAUCUAAUGUUACAAAAUAAUUAAUUCCAAAAACUUGCCUUUCCUUUUUGCUGCCUACAGAAGUUUCUACCUGAUUCUUCCCCUCUUUAAGAUGCCCUGAACCAGCAAAAAUCCACUGCUCCUUCUCCGCCUAUUUGUGGCAAUAACCGACAAAUGCGCGAUUGCGUUACAUCACUUGAAUGACGAUAACCUUAUGUCUUUGGCUAAUCUCUACGUCGCAUAAAACUCAGCGAGAAAAAGUUUAGUGUGUGACAAAGAUGAAUGUGAUACACUCACUGACAAUUUUUUUAAACAGGCUGAGAAAGACGGUCCUUCCUAUAAAUUUUUGUUACAGCUUCAUAUAAGUAAAGAAUACUUCGAUUUAUCAACGUUAACUGUUUGGACUAACUAGAGCACGAGUCUUUUUGGUUUUUUGCUAUGUAUUAAUAAAAGUUAAAGUUAAGUUUACGAGACAUUAUUUUUAGUAUUUCUGGCAGCUCAUAGCUCUGAGAUUCGAGGGAAACAAAGUUAACUGUUACCCGAGGGACCAGUCUUUAAGUGAUUUGUUAUAUAGCGCACGAAGAAGAACAUUUUUUCGUGUACGAAUUUAUGAAAAUAAAUCUUGCGAGCGGUCAACAUUCGCGGGUAACAGUGCACUGUUACCCCCUGACGUCAUAGAUUUUACAAUGUUGCCCGCUCAGAGUUUUUGGCGUGAAACAGUUUCAUUGUUAGAUGUCAUGUGACCUCGAAGUAAACAAUGAGAGCUCGCGCUGUUGGUAAAAAAAUUCCAGCUAUAUAACAACAGUCAUAAUUCUCUGCUGAAAUUUUAUAUUAUUUUUUUUUCCAUUGAGCAUCAGUCAUCAAGACAAGGGUGUUAUAUGUUUAAUUCAACAAGAAAGAAAAGCGGUGAGACAAACUGACUCAUCACCACGUUUACUUUUGACUUUAGGGCUUUGUCCUAACAAUUGGAUCCAUCUACAAGGUUCAUGCUACAGAGUCCCGUCAAAGAGUUUGAGCUGGACCGCUGCAAAAUCUGACUGUGAAGCUCAGGGGGCUAAGCUCGCCAUAGUGACAUCACAAGCCGAACAACAAGCACUAGUCUCGAAAAUAUCACAAAAUGUAUGGAUUGGUUUGGGGAGGGACCCCAAUGUCCAUUCACGUUGGUUGUGGGUUGAUGGAUCAAUAGCGUCAUAUACUCACUGGUCUCCUGGAGAACCCAACGACUCUGGAGGUGUUGAGGAUUGCGCACAUAUGUUUCCUCCUGCAGGAAAAUGGAAUGAUCAACCAUGUUCCAGCAGUCUUAAAUACCUUUGUGAAACCAAUGGUAGGCAGCACCACGAUUGUGUGCUUAAUAUUCUACUAAUUAUUAUGGUAUAUCCAGUGUAUGGCUGUAGCUGGGAAGCACCACAAUGUAAAGCUUGAUGAAUUACUCUUACUACGAAUGGUUGACGUGUAUAUAAAUUUUAAAAGAGAAGCCUUUGACAUUUCCCUGGAUUUUAUCCUUGCAUUUAAUUUCAAUCACUGCUUCCCUCCCCCCCCCACCAAAAGAAGGGGGAGGUGAACAUUAUACCUAACAUUAGGGUGAUAGUUGUUUUACUAUUUCCGAAUCAGUUUAAAAACGAGAACAACUUUUGCAAAUAAAAGUUUUCACUUAAGUAAGAUUUUUCUAAACCAAAAUUUAUCACUUUUUUGGUAUUUGUCGGUACAGAUGCCUUAUUUUUCGAUUAAAUAUCGCCUUCAGGAACUGUCGGGAAACGGAACGCGUAUUGACUCCUACCCUAUACAGUGAGUUAUUAGGAAGCUUAAGCAACAAGGACGGCGACGGCUACGAAAACGUCACUUAUAAAGUGAAUUCGCGCUGCUUCAAACUUAUCGCCCUUAUUCCAUCUCGUUGAAUUCGUCAAAUGUUGCCAGAUUUUUCUGGAGUUGAAUGCUAAAAGACUGCAUCGAACUUCAGGAAAAGAAAGAGAAAGUCGUUGUCUUGUGUUCAAGUACUCCACAAAACGAGAAAUUAGGCACUUUCAUGUUGUAGUCGUACAGUUACCUCAAACAAAUGUACAAAAAGCGUUAUGCACUUGCAAAGCUGUUGUUUUGUUAAUCUAAACCUAUUGCUUUUUUGCUGUUCUUGUUGCCGUCGCCGUCAUCGUUGCUUAAGCUUCCUAAUAGCCAAGAGUACUUUAAGUUACCCAAAAAUUGCUAUUCACUCAUUUGUUAAGGGGACUAUGUCACGUUAUUUGCUAUGUUUUUGUUUUUGUUUGUUUUUGUUUUGUUUUGAAUUGGAAAAUUAGUACAUGUAAUUUCAUUGUGUUAUUUGAGACUAACUUUAGGCAUUGCAACUGUUCCUUGUGGUCUGUUCAGUGCAAUUAUCGAUGACAACGAUAGACAUCAGAUUGAAACUUGGAAAAGUCCUGCCAACUUUUAAUGUUAUGACUACAAAAAUCCCACCAAAUUUAUUAUUGGUUAGUGCUCCCUGAUGAAAUUUGUUUGAUAUCUUCUUCGUAACUCGAAAGGACUAUUUUGUGUAAUGAGUAAACGCACAAUUCAAUUCUUGACUCAGAUUGACCUAAAACAGCAAUAUCCCUGUGACGUAUCCCCUUCAUUUAUAAAAAACUGAAUCAUUAGUAGUGCAAUUCAAAGUGGACAGACUGCAAAUUAUAGUAGUUGCUAAAAAACAUAUAUCUUCGUGUCGCUACGUGACCUUUGCUUAGCGAUCAUGGUAUUUAAGCCAAUAAUUAUACCAUGCUCUCCAAAUACGGUAACUGUACGCGACUGUACGCGACUGUACGCGUCUGCUCAAAAUUAAAAAAAAAACAACCUGAAAAUCGGUUGUUUUUACCAAAAAAGUCGGAAAGAAUUCUCGAUAUUUUGUGGGCGUUUUUAAUAAAACAAUUAUUUCACUCGCGUUUGUUGGAUAUGAGAUGAUUAUAGCCAACUCGAUAUUCAACGCGCUCUCGUGGAAUAAUUGUUAAAUUUUCUAUAGGGGGGUACGUCACGUUUCCUUUUGUUAUUGCUUUUCAGCGUUCGUGGAUGGAUACGGUUCGACUUCCAAGUCGUUUAUCUUCUCUCUCUUGGAUAAAGAAGGGCUUGCACCAUUUAAAAGCAUGGUGACGAAUACAUCUUUUGCAAUUUACCGUGAGCCAGGUUACGGUCCGACAUUUGGUGGGGGGCAUGACAUAUACAUCGCUGAUAAUGCCAAUCAGAAUGCUAACUCCUACACUAAUUUUGGCAGCUCUUACUCUCUUCCAAAUGAAGUUGCAGACCGUUAUACAAUCCUGGCUGGAGCCCGUUACUUCUCACCUGACGAAGUUGAGGUAUUUUACCUCACUUGA